GUAAUGGCUAGAAUAAAUGUAGGUAUCUUAUUCGCUGCAUUGCUGUUAAUUUUAUUUCAAUUAAAGGGUUCUUCCAGUUCACCUUGGCAUUACGAAUGUAAAUCAGGAUCAUGUACAAAAACUGAAACUACCCCAAACUCAUCAGCAACGUGGAGCUUUGCUGAGUGUAGCAUUCAAUGUCUGGAAUAUGCGGGGUUAUGGCCAAUCCCCACAGGAACCACAUCUAUAGGAAAUUUCACCGAAAUAAAUAUUAAUAACAUUUCUUUAAGUUUUCAUAAUGGUUCUUUAGUCUCCACUUUGGUAUACCAAGGGUUUGAUAUAUUUUUGAAUCAAAUAAAGAAUGUUAAUCUUAUAGAAAAAGGUAUAGGAUCCAAAAAUGCAAGUUCUGUGAACAUAAAAAUUGAUAUAGUUGAUCAGGAUUUGACAAUAUUAACUUUAAAAGCUGAUGAAAGCUAUUAUUUGGAAAUUAACCAGCAUAUUGAAGGUGUAUUGAAUGUUUCUAUUCAGAGUGAGACAUAUUUUGGAGCUAGACACGCUCUGGAAACUUUGAGUCAGUUAAUAAUAUAUGACGAUAUAAGAAAACGUUUUUUGGCUUCUAAAAGCGUAAAAAUAUCGGAUAAACCUAUUUAUCCUUGGAGAGGAAUAAUACUGGAUACAGCAAGAAACUAUGUCCCAAUAAAGUACAUUAAAAGAACCAUAAAAGCCAUGGCUGCCAGCAAAAUGAACACUUUCCAUUGGCACUUGACCGAUUCACAACGGGAAUUAUAUGUUUAUGGAGACCUAUUAGAACAAUUUGGUACGGAAAUAUUCCAUAUGGGUGGAGAUGAAAUCAAUAUAAAUUGCUGGAACAGUACAGAAAGUCUGAAAAAAUGGAUGACAGAAAAAGGAUGGGCUCUAACUAAAGAAAAUUUCAUCAAAAAAGCUUGGUUUUAUUUCCAAAACAGAACUGUUCAAAGUCUUUAUAAAAAAGCCGGGAAAGAGAUACCAGUAAUAUUGUGGACGAGUGAUUUGACUAAUAUAGAAAAUGUUACAAGAUUGCUGGAUAAGGAGAGGUACAUCAUUCAAAUGUGGUCCAAUGUAUACGAUUCGACUUUGGAAAACUUGCUGAGGAAUAAUUACAGCGUAAUUUUAAGCAAUUAUGACAGUUUGUACUUGGACUGUGGAUUUGGAGAUUUCACUAAUGAUGAUAAUAAUUGGUGUACACCUUAUAAAACAUGGCAGCAGUUGUAUGAAAAUAAACCUAAAAAUAUUGUAGGUAGUAAAGCUAACUAUAUCUUAGGAGCUGAGGCGGCUCUAUGGACAGAAAUAGCAGACCACAAUUCUAUGGAUUCUAAAAUAUGGCCCAGAGCUUCCGCCUUAGCCGAAGCUCUAUGGAGCGAACCAAAUUUCUUUUGGACUGAAGCAGAGGAUAGACUACAUCUUCACAGAGAGCGUUUGGUGAAUUUGGGUGUACGUGCUGAUACUUUACAACCAGAAUGGUGUUUGCAGCAUCAAAGGCAGUGUAGAAGAAAUUAAACUUUUUUAAAGAUCCACUAAUUAACUAUGGCAAUGGCCCAGCUACAGGUUCCUAAUAGGUCAACGAAGUUAAGCGACGUUAGCCGAUGCGUUAGAUCUCUUGUCGGAUAAUAACUUUUGCCUUAUUAAAAUCUACUCCGAGCCCUGUGUCCCACGAAUGCUUACAAAUAUUAGAUUUGCGAAAAUCACACUCUUUUUAAUAAUUUUUGUGUUCUAUAAUUCGAACACCUAACGGUCUAGAUGUUUCAAAAAUAUAAAAUUUCUCACAUUCACAUGAUAUUUUGUACAUUUUUUGUUUGUUGUUUAGUGUGGGUGAAAGAACGUUGAAAGACGUUUGUAUGUUAGGUAUAUUAUUUUUCUAUCCUUCCAUUUUUUUUGAAACGCGUACGCAUGUAUGCAUGAAAUUCUUAGUUGUAUAUACUGUGUCUUGUCUUCAUUGUGUGUAUUCUGGGUCUAUGGCUCGUAGUAUGUAUUUUGUAUAAUGUAUUGCUAAUAAAAGACGGUGGAUGAUCGUUUUUUA